CCCCCAAGGGUACCCACUGAGGGCACCCAAGGCACCCACUGCCCCCUCGGGGUACCCAGUCCCCAACCCACAGCCCCAGCAGAACCCCCCUAUGGUACCCUAUGGUACCCUGUACCUACUCCAUGGGCACCCCACUCUGUGCACCUCCGCCCAUCCCCGUGCAUCUCUCUCUGCCUCCCAUGAGCCCCUCUAACCCCAUGGUGCCCCCACUCCCAGCCCUGAUCCCCCCCCCCGAUCCCUCCCCUGUGGGGCAUCCCUGAGCUCUGCAGCUCCCUAUGCACUGGGGGUGCCAUGUCCCCAUCCCCUCUGACAGCCAAUAGCCUGGUGCACCCCAAAACCUGCUUCCACCUCCCAGCAGGGCCCCCUCCUGCCAGGUGUAGGCUGAAUGGGUGUGGGGGGGGGUCCCCAGGAUGUGCACUGGGGGAGGGGGAUAGAAUCGUGAACCGCUUCCUAGCACGGCCUUGGUGGGGUGGGUCCGUGGGAGGGACCCCAUGCGCUAUGGGGUCCUAGCUGGCAUCUCCCCUCUCCUCCUCCACCAAUAGACGUGUGAGCGGACCACCCCUCCUGCCUUUGCCAGUCACCCCCACUCGCCUCUUUCCAAGGAUGUGGGAUUGGGCGCCGAUGGGGCUGAGAACUGGAGUGAGCUGAGAUCCAGCCCCAGAAGAUGGCUGGGGGAGGGGGCAGCCAGGAAUCCCCCCUCUCCCCGUGUAAGGAGCAUCGGUGACUUCUUGCACGUGCUUGUGCCAGGCGUGUCCCGUCGUGAAAUGCUAGAGCUGCCCGGGGCCGGGUCGGCACCCGAGACGCCAGGCUGCCUGUGGCAUGGGAGACACGGGGUAUUUCCGGAGGGUGCCCUGGGGUGAGGUGGGUUUUACCAGCCCAGCGUUCGCUGGUGCUCGCCUCCGCCACAAAACCUUGGCCCAGCUGCAGCCUUGUGUAGACUCUGCUUUGGGAGGGUGCCUGUAACGGGCGCUGGCUGCCCCCUCCGAGGAGCCUGGUGUGGACAGGCUGAGCUGAUCGCCGGGAAGCGUGGACCGGCCCUCGGUUCCCCACGAGAGUUUACUUGGGCCAGGUAACGCGGUGACAUGACACGUGCCCCGUAUACCCCAGGAUCUUAACCCGGGUGUGCCUAACGCGCCACCAUCCUCUGGGUCCAGGCAAGACCUGCCCUAGGCAACGGUCACUGGUGCCGCCUCCCCUCCCGGCCUUCAGCCGGCCCCGCUCUGAGUGCAUUGUUUCAUCCCGCGGAAGGAAAUUCUGGCCCAUUUCCUGGCUCUUCCCGCGGGGAUCAGAGCUGGCCCUGCAGUUUUUAAUCGCUGGGCUUUGUUGCCUUCCUGCUUGGGGGGCGGGGGGGUGUAGUUUGCAAAGUGUGGGGCUGAUGCUUUGGCAAAGCGCCGGUGUCUCGUAGGUGGAAGGCGAGGAGCCGGGCCUGCCCGUGCCCCCAUUCCUAUUUAAAUAGCAGUUCGUGGACGUUGGACUGUGUCGGUUUUGUUCUGCGGCCGGAGUCUUGGGUUUGUGUCACGUCUUCCCCCCCCCCCAACACCCCCUCAACACAGCUCAGCGCCCGGCAAUAACCAAAGGAGUAAGGGCGGGGUGUGUGUGUGUGUGUGUGAAAUGGACAAUGCCGGGGCCUUGGGGUCAUCUCAUGAGCUGGCAGCGAGCAGGGAACAGGUGUGUGAAUAAUUCAGCAGUGCCCUGGGCUCUCCCUCCCCGGCCUCUGUGGCUGCUUGCGGCUUCCUCUUUCCUUCGCCAGGCUCCCGGUGGCGGAUGUGUGCGCGGCGGGCUGGGCUGGGCCGGGCAGCAGGGUGUGCGGCUGCGCGUGCCCCUGGUUUCCGAGGGGGGGGCAGCGGGCAGACACGUCCCGUGGGGAUAGCUUGAGGGGGUAAGAGACGGGUCUGGGACCUGCCCGGGCUGCAGACUCCCUUGGGCAAGUCUCUUCAUUUACCUGUCUCAGGUACUUGUCUGCCCACAUCCCUGUGCCAUCUGGGCGCCUCACAGGUUCCAGGCCAGCGCUCCAACCACUGCACCAUCCUUCCCCUCCACUCUCUCAGCCUCGGUUCCCCCAGCUGCAAAAAGGGGCAUAAAAUUCCUCCCCCCACCCCUUUGUCUAAUCGGACUGUGAGCCCCUUCCGGCAGGAACAGCGGGGGAGCCCCCCCAGCCCAGGACAGCACCCGGCCCAGCAGGGGAGACCCCCCCCCAGCCCAGGACAGCACCCGGCCCAGCAGGGGAGCCCCGCCCAGCCCAGGACAGCACCCGGCGCAGCAGGGGAGCCCCGCCCAGCCCAGGACAGCACCCGGCGCAGCAGGGGAGCCCCGCCCAGCCCAGGACAGCACCCGGCGCAGCAGGGGAGCCCCGCCUAGCCCAGGACAGCACCCGGCCCAGCAGGGGAGCCGAUCGCAGGGCUCCAAGGUGCUAUCACAGUCCCCGUCAAUAAACCAUUGUUCAGCCUGCGGCUGGAGCCUGUCUCGGAGCUAGUCCCAGGAACGCCCCUCCCAUUCGCCCCUCGGUCCCAGGCUGUGGGCGGACGGAGUCCCUAGCUGUGACCCAAAGGAGCUCACAAUCUGGCAAACCGAUCCUGGUGACCUCUUUGCCUCGGUUUCCCUGUCUGUAAGGGGAGGGUGAAUGAUUUCCCCUGGCCCAUGCUGGAUAGGAGCCACGGCAGGGAUCUAGGCGUUGAGCUCCCGUUGAGUUACUUGGGGGCCUGACACCUUCAGCUAAAGGGGGCCCGGUGUUGUUGUGGGGCUGCAGGCGGCCGGGUUCCCCCUCCCCCACAGCCAGCGCACGGAUUCUCCCACAAAGCAUCUUCCUGCGCUGCCGUCGCUGCCAGGUUUCCUGGCCGGAUCCCAGCACCUCGGAGCCGGACAGAUCCCCCUCCGCCCGCAGGGCUGGGCCGAUUGCAGCUUAUUUACGGCCUCUGCGUCCUCCCCAGUCACGGCCCCGCCCCGCUUCCCCUGCCCUUUGCCCCUGGUAGGGGCAGCUGGGCCUGGCCCGGCGGAGGGGAGGGGGCAGGAAGGCUGGCCGUGGCCGGACCACUCGCCUGGCCUCAUGGCCGAGGGGGCCCCGGGGAGCAGCUGGUCUUUGGCUGCUAGACUCCGGCCCGGCGGGAAAUAUUUGUUCCCCAGGCUGCUGCUUCUCGCCUGUGCUGGGGGGGUGGGGGGGCGCUCUCUCUCCCUUUGGGGCCCAAUGCCCCAGCUUGGUGCUAGGCGGUACCACCCUUUGCAUGCCCUGGCACACGGGAGGGAUGGGGAGGGACCCUGGAGUCCUGACCAAAUCCCGGCUCUGGUCAUUGCUGUCUCUCCCCUGCAGCUGGGGGGCGCCACUUUCCUUAGGGGGCCGAGCCGCCCACUGGGCCCGGGCGUUAGCGGCCCCUGGGCGUGGGACGGGGCGCUAGGCCCGGCACACCAGCCUGCAGGACUCCCGCGGUUAAAAACUCGGGUGGUUUGUCGCUGGCUUUAUUGUCCCGGGGUCCAGUCGCCUUUCCCAGGGGGGUGGGUGGGGGGCUGUGACCCUCAGGCCUUGUCUGCACCGGGCUCUGAGCCGCAAGCCCCUAGCGUGGUCGUGUGCCCUGCAGUCCCGGGAAGCUGGGGUCCCUGCUGGGCUAGCUUGGGGCACUCGACCAGCCGGCCACCCCGAAGACUCCUCUUCCUUUCUUCCUCCCCCCCCCGGAACCCGCCCCGCUGCUGGAGCGUGGGAGCCUGGCCGAGGAGCCGGCUGGAAAAACAUCUGGCUCCCCAGGAAGUUGGGCUGAGCCGGGGAGGCUGGGCCGGCAGCUGCCAAGCCGGCGGUAGCGUGCAGUCGCGUGGGUGGCACCGCCUGGCACUGCCAGCCCAGCCAGAGGGGUGCCCAGCUGAGUCCCCGGCCGGAGCGAGGGUGGAGGGCACGAGAGGAACCCGGGCGGCUGGCGCCAGCUGGUCUGUGCUGUUCCGUUCGCUGGGAGAACUGGGACCCUGGGGAGCCGCUUGUACCCGCUCUGAGCUGCUGGCCUGGAGACACUCGGCUCUUCGGGGGCCUCUCCCCUCUGGCGGGGCAGGGAGCUCCCCCCAGAGCCCGUCGCUCGCUCUGUACUCGCCUCGGAGGGGGCUCCGGGUGUCGGAGCAGUGCGGAGCCGCGAGCACUUCGGAGCUGACUCAGGCCUGGUGUGCGGGGAAGGCACUGGGCAGGGCCCCGGACACCUGGGUUCGAUUCUUAGCUCCACCUCAAGGGGGCCACGGCCCCAUUUCAGAGGGGGAAGGUUGGGGCUGAAAGUUGUUGGUUUGACUGAUUGAUAUUUUCUUUUCCCACUGAAAAGUUGAAAUCUACCCCCUAGACCCUGCUCCCCUGCCAGAGCCUGGAGAGAACCCAGGAGUCCUGAC